UACUCCAAAUUCAGAAGGCAAAAUCACAAGCUUUCUAAUUCUUCAUCAAUCUCAAUCUUCAAAGCAAUUUAGAAGUCCCAUUUGAUCUUUUUCUUUGAUCUGUUCUUUUUCUCAAUCUAGCUAUAUUUUUGUAAGAAGAAAACUAAUUACUUAUAGAUAUAGAUGGAGAGCCAAAUGAAUAAGGAGGAAAUUAAGUUGUGUAUCAACAAUGAUCCAUUGAAUUGGGGAAUGGCAGCAGAAUCAUUAAAAGGAAGUCAUCUAGAUGAAGUUAAGAGAAUGGUCGAAGAAUAUCGAAAACCGGUUGUUUGUCUUGCCGGUAAGUCAUUGACUAUAUCUCAAGUUGCUGCCAUUGCUGCCGCUGGUUCAUCCAGUAUCAGAGUCGAAUUGUCAGAAGCUGCUAGGCCUGGUGUUAAGGCAAGUAGUGAUUGGGUUAUGGAAAGUAUGAAUAAAGGAACGGAUAGUUAUGGUGUUACUACUGGUUUUGGUGCUACUUCUCAUAGAAGAACUAACAAAGGAGGUGCUCUUCAAGCUGAGCUUAUUAGAUUCUUGAAUGCUGGAAUAUUCGGGAAUGGAAAGGACUCCACUCACAUAUUACCGCACUCAGCAACAAGGGCAGCCAUGCUUGUAAGAAUCAACACACUUUUACAAGGCUACUCUGGAAUCCGUUUUGAAAUGCUAGAGGCCAUCACCAAAUUCCUCAAUCAAAAUGUUACUCCUUGUUUACCUCUAAGGGGCACCAUCACGGCCUCUGGCGAUCUCGUUCCAUUAUCUUACAUUGCUGGUCUCUUAACUGGCCGUCCCAAUUCGAAAGCAGUUGGACCUAAUGGAGAAGAACUCAAUGCAGAAGAAGCCUUCUCAUUAGCUGGUAUUGAUGGUGGGUUUUUCGCGUUACAACCUAAAGAGGGUUUGGCUUUGGUUAACGGCACUGCUGUUGGUUCCGGGUUGGCUUCCAUGGUUUUGUUUGAAGCCAACAUUUUAGCUCUUCUAUCUGAAGUCAUUUCGGCUAUUUUUGCCGAAGUCAUGCAGGGGAAGCCAGAGUUUACCGACCAUUUGACACACAAAUUGAAACAUCACCCCGGACAAAUUGAAGCUGCAGCUAUAAUGGAACACAUUUUAGAUGGUAGCUCAUAUGUUAAAGAAGCUAAGAAGUUGCACGAAAUCGACCCAUUGCAAAAACCAAAACAAGACCGUUAUGCUCUUCGUACUUCUCCACAAUGGUUAGGUCCUCAGAUUGAAGUGAUUAGAUCGUCAACAAAAUCCAUUGAAAGAGAAAUCAAUUCAGUCAAUGACAACCCAUUGAUCGAUGUCUCCAGAAACAAAGCCAUCCAUGGUGGUAAUUUUCAAGGAACCCCAAUUGGAGUUUCAAUGGACAAUACUCGUUUAGCAAUUGCUGCCAUUGGUAAGCUUUUGUUUGCGCAGUUCUCUGAGCUGGUUAACGACUUCUACAACAAUGGGUUGCCUUCAAACUUGUCAGGUGGGAGGAAUCCUAGUUUGGAUUAUGGGUUUAAAGGUGCUGAAAUCGCAAUGGCUUCUUACUGUUCCGAACUUCAAUUCUUAGCAAAUCCGGUCACUAAUCAUGUUCAAAGCGCAGAACAACAUAACCAAGAUGUAAAUUCAUUGGGUUUGAUAUCUUCUAGGAAAACAGCUGAAGCUAUUGACAUACUCAAACUUAUGUCAUCAACUUUCUUGGUUGGGCUCUGCCAAGCUAUUGAUUUAAGGCAUUUGGAAGAAAACAUGAAGCAUACUGUGAAGAACACAAUCAGCCAAGUAGCUAAAAAGGUUUUAACAAUGGGUGUCAAUGGUGAGCUUCAUCCAUCAAGAUUCUCCGAAAAAGAUCUUCUCAAAGUCGUCGAUAAUGAACAUGUUUUUACCUACAUCGAUGACCCAUGCAGUUUCACAUACCCUUUGAUGCAAAAACUCCGACAAGUACUAGUUGAACACGCAUUGAAAAACAAUGAAGAAGAGAAGAAUUCAAACACUUCAAUCUUUCAAAAGAUUAGCAUUUUCGAGAAGGAACUAAACAUUCUUCUACCCAAAGAGGUUGACAAUCUCCGAAGUUUAUACGAGAAUGGAAGUCCAAUGUUGAAGACAGCAAACCGGAUUACGGAAUGCAGGUCUUACCCAAUCUAUAAGUUCGUGAGAGAAGAAUUAGCUACUGACUUGCUUACCGGAGACAAAGUUCGAUCACCAGGAGAAGAAUUCGACAAGGUGUUUAAUGCCAUUUGCGAAGGUAAAAUCAUUGAUCCAUUGCUUGAGUGUCUUAAGGGAUGGAAUGGUGUCCCUUUGCCUAUCAGUUAGAAAUUUGUUUGAAAAUGAUCGUUUUUCUUUUUAUGUCUUUUUCAUGUUCUUUUAUGUUUUGGCUAAAACCUGAAGUCGGAACUGUUAAGUUGUGGUUUGUAAUACUCUACUAUAUUUUUGUUGUUGUCCAUAAUUAGACAUGUGUAAAACUGUGUUUAAUCAAUAAAGCAAAUUUUCUUUCUUUA